AUGAAAGGUCGAAAGAGGGAAUUACUGGCUGUGAUGAAUCCCAACAAAUUCCGAGCUUGUGAAUUCCUCAUCAAGUACCACGAAACUCGAAACGAUAAAAUUAUUGUCUUCUCGGACAAUGUCUUUGCUCUGCAAUAUUAUGCCAAAAAGUUGAGUCGUCCCUACAUCUACGGUCCUACAAGUCAAAGUGAGCGUAUGCAGAUUCUUCAGAACUUCCAAUUCAACCCUAAUGUAUCGACUAUAUUCGUAUCAAAGGUUGCAGACAACUCAUUUGAUCUUCCCGAGGCCACGGUACUCAUCCAGAUCAGUAUGCAAGGUGGUAGUCGACGUCAGGAGGCUCAGCGUUUAGGUCGUAUUCUUCGGGCCAAGCGUGGAAUGGCUAGCGACGAGUACAAUGCCUUUUUCUACUCGCUGGUCUCCCAGGAUACAGUGGAAAUGCCUUUCGCUUCAAGGCGACAGCGGUUCCUCGUUAAUCAAGGAUAUGCUUACAAGGUUGUGCGGAACCUGCCGGGUAUUGAAAAGGAGACCUUAGGCUUAAAUACCAAAUCAGAACAAGCUGAACUCCUUCAUCGCGUUUUGGCCAGCAAAGAUGAGGAUGCUAUGGAAGAGGCUCUGCCAGUUGAUCCCGAUUCUCUGGAUUAUACAUUGAAGAAAAUGAAAGAUUCGCAUUUCGUUCGGCGUGCUGGUAAGAUGUCCUCUCUCUCUGGCGCAGAUGAUGCCAUCUACAUGGACACCUCGGCUGCUGCUAAACGUCAAAAAGCGGCUAGAGAGAGACAUCCGCUAAAGGGACCAAAAGCCAAGGAAAUCAUGCUGACACUUUUCAACAAAAUCUGGGAGACCAGUCUCGAACCUAACCAAUGGAAAGUUGCCAUCGUAUUACCAGUACUAAAAAUGGGCAAAGACCCUAGCAACUUUGACAACUAUAGGUCCAUCUCCCUCACAAGUGUGCUGGCUAAACUUAUGGAAAGAUUGGUUAACAGGAGGCUGACCUGGUUUCUUGAGAAUAACAAUAUUCUUAGGAGUGAACAAGCAGAAACAGGCCUUCCACAGGGACCUGUCACAAGCUGCACUCUUUUAAAUGUCUUCAUCGAUGACAUAGCCGAAUUAGCACAGAGAGUUACGGGCAUCAAGUGCUUACUUUAUGCAGAUGAUCUUGUUCUAUGGUAUUCCGCCCCUAAGAAAAACGCUCAGGAGAGAACAGAAAGUGUCCUAAAUGGUGCACUUAAACUACUAGCAAACUGGUGUGACAACAAUGGAAUGGAAAUCAAACACCACUCCAGAGCAAAUGCCUCGACGUCUUCAGGAAAUCAAACACCCCUCCAGAGCAAAUGCGCUCCGUCUUCAGGAAAUCAAACACUCCUCCAGAGCAAAUGCGCUCCCCUCAGUCUUCAGGAAAUCAAACACUCCUCCAGAGCAAAUGCGCUCAUUUUUCAGGAAAUCACUAGACAAUCAAUGUCAACUAUCCUGCAGAUCAAUGGCUCCAGCAAUCAACGUCAACUAUCCUGGAGAUCAAUGGCUCCAAGUCCUGAUGGGUCAUAG